AUGUCGUUCGAUACAAUUCCCAGGGAUUUACGGAAUUUGCGUGCCUGUCUGUUGUGUUCGCUGAUCAAAAGCGUCGAUCAGUUCGAAAACGACGGUUGUGAAAACUGUGAGCAGUAUUUGAUGAUGAAGCACGAUCGCGACAAGGUGUACGACUGCACCAGCUCGAAUUUCGAUGGCAUAAUAUCUCUGAUGAACCCAUCAAGCAGCUGGGUGGCCAAAUGGCAGAAGAUCAACCGCAAAGUGAAGGGCGUCUAUGCGAUAUCGGUCACCGGCACUCUCCCCUCUCAGAUUAUUAACGAAUUGGCGACCGUUGGUGUCAGGGUGUCGUUAGAAAAUGCGUCAGGCGCCGAAAUUGCACUGUCCCAGAACAACAAUGAGGUUCAUAUCUAUUCGUGGGCGAACGAACAGUGGCACAAGUCGCAUUCGCUCUUGGCCCACGAUCUUCCAGUCACUGGUAUCGACUGGGCACCGGAAACCAAUCGCAUCGUCACCUGCUCCCAGGACAAGAACGCGUUCGUCUGGACUUUCGACGGUGUUAAAUGGAAUCCGGAUUUAGUGUUGGUACGACUGUCACGGGCCGCUACUUGUGUUAAAUGGUCUCCGUCAGAAGCUAAGUUCGCAGUUGGCAGCGGAUCGAAGUUGGUGUCGGUUUGUUUUUACGAAAAAGAGAACAACUGGUGGAUAUCGACGCAGAUCAAGAAGUCUAUUCGCUCUACGGUAAACAGCAUCGAUUGGCAUCCUAACAAUGUUCUGCUGGCCGUUGGUUCCUGCGAUUUCAAAACGCGUAUUUUUUCUGCAUACGUGAAGGAAGUCGACGGGGACAAGCCGGGUCCGAAUCCAUGGGUGGCGAAAGUACCCGCUUUUGGAAACGUAGUUUGUGAAUUUUCUGACGGCGGUAAGAAUUUUUUGUACCGCGGCUGGAUUCACUGCGUGAAGUUUUCUCCUUCUGGAAACAGAUUGUGCUGGGUCAGGCAUGAUUCGUCGAUAGCAGUCGUCGAUGCUACAUCAGUGGAAAAGUGGGAGUCUGCUUUGCUUGUAUUAAAUUGA